AAGGCAGUAUUCCUAGUAACUUAAUUGAGAUUUUUAUUCGGUGUGUAUUAAGAAAAUGCGUAGAAUCUUUGAUUUUGGCACUGCAGUAGAAAGCUAAUUAAGCUAGUAGUUCAAUCUGAGAUGCCGAAAAGAAUUUUAAGAUGUUUUGGUUGAAAUAGUUAUUUUUAAAUUAAUUGAAAAUACAGUGUUAAACAUCUUCAGUAAAAUGGAGUAAAGCUAUUCAGUAAUUUUAAAGUAAUAAUAUAAUGAGCGCACGCUAUCCUUUGUACACCGUAGAGGUGGGAGAUACGAAAUUUACAAUUCUAAACCGGUAUCAAAAUUUGAAACCUAUUGGAUCCGGAGCACAAGGAAUAGUAUGUGCUGCAUAUGAUACAGUUUCCGAACAAAAUGUUGCAAUUAAAAAGUUAUCACGACCCUUUCAAAACGUUACUCAUGCCAAGCGUGCUUAUCGGGAAUUCAAAUUAAUGAAACUUGUUAACCAUAAAAAUAUAAUUGGUUUGUUGAAUGCAUUUACACCACAACGUACACUAGAAGAUUUUCAAGAUGUUUAUCUUGUUAUGGAACUCAUGGAUGCUAAUUUGUGUCAGGUUAUACAAAUGGAUCUUGACCACGACAGAAUGUCGUAUUUAUUGUACCAGAUGUUGUGCGGAAUAAAACAUCUACAUUCAGCUGGAAUAAUUCACAGGGAUUUAAAGCCAUCUAACAUAGUUGUAAAAGCAGAUUGUACACUUAAAAUUCUUGAUUUUGGACUGGCAAGAACAGCUGGAACCACGUUUAUGAUGACUCCAUACGUCGUUACACGAUAUUAUCGCGCACCAGAAGUCAUCCUAGGCAUGGGUUACACUGAAAAUGUUGACAUUUGGUCCGUUGGUUGUAUAAUGGGAGAAAUGAUUCGUGGUGGUGUUUUGUUCCCUGGAACUGAUCAUAUUGAUCAGUGGAAUAAAAUAAUUGAACAAUUGGGUACUCCAUCUGCAUCUUUUAUGCAACGUUUACAGCCCACUGUUCGAAACUAUGUUGAAAAUAGACCUAGAUAUUCUGGAUAUUCUUUCGAUAGACUUUUUCCUGAUGUUUUAUUUCCAAGUGAUAAUAAUGAACAGAGUCGGCGAAAAGCUUCGGAAGCCCGUGAUCUCUUAAGUAAAAUGUUGGUAGUAGACCCUGAACAACGUAUUUCAGUCGAUCAGGCACUUCUUCAUAGCUACAUAAAUGUUUGGUAUGAUGCUGAAGAAGUCAAUGCACCUGCACCAGAACCGUACGAUCACAGCGUCGACGAGAGAGAACAUACUGUGGAACAGUGGAAAGAAUUAAUUUAUCAAGAAGUUAUGGACUAUGAAGCGCGAAAUUGUAUGCCAGGGCGGUAAACCAAGAUUUUAUUACAGCUAAAAUAAAUUAUAAAACCUAAAUAAAAUUAAAAAUAAAAAAAAA